AUGCGCGUCCUCCGUCUCACGUCCGCCGCCGCCGCCCUCGCAGUGCUCUCGGCCACAGCCGUCUCAGCUGACGAGUCGACGUCGAGCACUCUCCGCCGCCUCGUGACGCUCUCUCGCCACGGCAGCCGCGCGCCCAACGACGUCGUCCAGGCCACGUGUCCACGCAACAGGGCCAAUCUCGAGGCCUACGAGGUGCCGCUCACGCAGCUCACGGAGGUCGGCAUGAAGCAGUUGCAGGCCGCGGGCGAGCACAUUCGCCACACGUACAUGGCCGACGAGCCACUGCACCACGAGGCGUUCCUGUCGCGCUCACUCAAUGGCGUGCACCACGCGCACUUUGAGACGUACUUUCGAGCCGACGCGGCCACGCGCUGCUCGCAAAGUGCGACGGCACUGGGCUACGGCCUCUAUCCAGACGGCACAGGUCCGCUCGGCUUCCCGCGUCAACCUGUGCCCGUUACGAUGCAACUGGUGGAGAACGAACACGCGUUUGCGGCUCCAAAGGGACCGUGCAAGGCCACACAAGAGGCGGACCUGGCAGUGUAUGCUCGAACGCGAGCUCCGGAGCUCUUUGACCAGUACCGUGACGUGCUUCAGCAGCUGGGCCGAGUGUGUGGGGUGGCAGUUGAGGACAUUCCCAAUGUACCGGGCGGCGAAGACGUUGUGCUGGGCGUCAAGGACCUGGUCGACAUGUUUGCCUUCGAUCGCGACGAGGGGCUGCCGCUUACGGAAGGAAUGACGGUCGAAGCACGCGCGAAACUGGAGCAACUGGCCUUCACGAACCUCAUGGAGCGGUACUACUCGACGGACCGCAAAGUCACGUACUGGGUGGGUGGGUUUGCCGAGUUGCUGCUCAACACACUGGAAGGUGGAGCUGUGCCGACGGCACCAUCGAAGUCGGCAUACCGUUACUUUUCGUACCAUGGCCAUCGUGAACUACUGCACGGUCUGGGCAUGAUGCUGGGCUGGGAGUUCCACUUCGAGGGACUGCCCCGAGCUCUCAAUGUGACGGCUCUCCAUCCAGGAACGUCCAUGUUCUUUGAGCUGCGCGCACGUCAACCCACCGCCAAAGAGACGCAACAGCAGCCGGAGGCGAACGAGACCUAUUUCGUGCGGUCGUACAUGUGGUCGCCGUACACUAAGCGCGAGCAAGUCAAGCUCACGAAAUGCUCCGUUGCAGACUGUCCGUUGCAAGAGUUCAAAGACAUCAUUGCAAGCCACAUCGCCAAGACCGGUACGUGGGAGAGCAUUUGCAACUAUCAAGAGCCGGCCGUGCGUCCAGGCAAGCCAACACUCGCUCAGGAGCCUGCUGUCAAGAGCGGUCACGGCUUCACAGGCUCUGCCGUGCUGACUGCGAUCGGUAUUGUCGUGAUGAUGGGGCUAGCAGUCACGGCUGUCAAGGUCUAUACUGCACGCCGCCGCGGGUACACCAUGAUAUGA